AGAAACCGAACCACGUUCUCCCCAGGAAAAAAGGGAAAAGGGAACCAAAGCACCAAAAGAAUCACACGACUCGCCCACGUUGAUCAACAAAAACACCAACAAAAACCAACUGACUCGUUCAACAAAUCAAAGCCCGGCUUUGGCUCUCUCCCUUCGCUUAUCUGACCACCUGACGAGUCCCUAUCCUCUCCAGUGCAUGGCAUCGAGCUCUCUUUGACCGGGCUGCCCCUCAGCCUCCAACCAAAAAAAUGUCCGACGAUGUCGAUUCCAUCGUAAAAGGCGCCUCAGCUCCUUCGCAGGGCGUGAAAGAUGUCGCCGGCACGAGUCCCAUUCUCCCCACCACCGCCAAACAAGGCGAUCCGCUGCACCACACGCCGAGUUCGCCGUCUAUGAUCUAUCUCAACCUGUUGAUCCUCGAGGCAUCACUGCGCGCGCAAUUCCUCGAACUACGAGCUCGAAAGCGACAUCAUACUUUCUUUCUUACACUGCUGUCACUGUGGAUCGCUGGUUUUGGAUAUGCUCUCUUUCUCGCACCCCGUGAGGAUGGUCGUGGUGUAGGAGGUUCUAUCUACUGGGCUGUCGAGGGUGCAGAGAAGGUCUGCUUCAUGGGCGGCAUCAUCACUGCGAUACUCGUCUGGGCAACUGGAAUCUGGGAGCGUGGAAUUCGCUGGCCAAGACGAUGGUUCGUCAUUUCGAAUAGAGGACUACGAGGCUUUAACUGCAAGCUGAUCAUAAUACGACGGACGUGGUGGGCCGAAGCACUCUCGACGAUUGGAUUCUUCUUGACGUACGGACUAUUCUCACACACGGCUAGUUCAUCAUAUCGAUACGUCGAACCAAAUCUUUUGCGAGAGGUGGAGAAGGAACUUCAGAUCACGAGCGAUACACACCCGACGCUGAUACUGCCCCACGAAGAUGAGGAGAAGGGCGGUCACGAGGAGGAUUUAGCGCCUGGCGGCGACUACGUCAAGCUGCUCCUCCUAGCAAAGCCUUUUUCUGCUACGUUCCGCGAGAACUGGGAGCUAUACAGGACGGAAUACUGGGAGAAGGAAAACGAGCGACGGGCCCUGCUGCGGCAAAAAGUUAAGGAGCGCGAUCACCAACUCGUCAAGCAACAAUACGGCUGGCUAUGGUGGCUCCCCGGCAGACAACCGCGGCGCCAAGAGCCCGAGAAGACACCACCGCGUCACAUAUCCGUUGAGCGCGAACGUCGUCGUCGCGGAAGUAGCGUGCGCCGCGCCUCAACGAGCUCAUCACGAACUCCCACGCCUAUCGUCGAAGAAGACAACUCCGUUAGUAGACGACCCAGCAGCGGCUCCAUGUCAGCGCGGCGCAAGAGGCUGUCGACGAGCUCGAAGCCGAAAAGACCGGGGACUGAUUCGAGAUCUGUUACACCGGAUUUUCCGUCGCCUUUGGCGAGGGAGAGUAGUGCGACGCCUACGCCUGAUUCUGGACCUGAGGGGGGAAAGGUCUUGAGGAAUUCGAGUUCGAGAUCGACUGUUGGUUCGAAGGAGCGGGAUUAGGUUUUUGUUAGCGAUGUAGAUGCCGUUUUAGUGUGUGUGUUGAGUGGUUUGGCGAUGUUAGAAUAUUAUGGCUUUUUGCUGGGCUUUAUUCGAUGUGAGGUUUAACAUCCAGUUCCACGGCUGGCUUUCCU